CCUAGAGGUAACGUCAUCUGUAUCUGCUCUGGCACUUCCCUGAUAUAUAAACUGCAAAAGGUCACUGUGCUGGUAGCUUGUCCUUCGUUCUGUUGAAUUCUGUUAUCUUUCAAUUAGUGAAAACACGUGCUUCGUAUUUUGCUAUACAAACAGAUUGGCUGGAAAACUUAAGCCUGAAAAGAAAUGCUGCUUCCUACGAAGGUACUCUCAGCACCCGGAUAUGAAGGGGUAUUGGCUCCUGUUCUCCAUUAGAAGAGAUUGCAAAUGCGGUUUCUUCUUCGACAGCUGCUAAUUCAAAGGCGAAUGAUUAGUGAAAUACAGGCAGACAGUGUUCCUAGUGUCGCUGUGGGGCAGUACUGCGCAAUGGAAUGUGUGCAAGGCACAAAUGAUGAACGAGCAGGAGUGAGUGAGGCUUUUAGCACGGUUCAGACACAGAUAGGUGUUAAUAUUUUGGAAUCCAAAUUUCAGGCAGAGUGUCGGACUUUUUUAUACAGAGUCCAACAGAAGGUGAAGUCUGUAAAUGUGAAGGUUAGAGAAGAAGAAUUCUAUUAGUUAAACUUGCUUGGGACAGCAGACAAAGUGUUUUGUUUCUUUAAUUAUAUCUUAAGGCCCAAGAAACUCAGAAUUCAGGCAGGAAUCAGCAGAUAUUGUCAGUCUUCAUAGAGCUCCUAGACAAGACACAUUUAGCAUUCCAUCACAGAAAGAGGAGUAGAAAAAUUAGAUGGCUGGGCUUCGUAUGCCAUUUCCAGGGAAACAGAUGCAGACAUAAGGCAGGAAGUGAUGAUGGUGAAGAAAUUACCAUUUUCAAGUGCAAGACUGGAUGGCAGAAAUUUUAUUAUCUCUCUUUGAUCAGAUUCUGGGCAAAAAAGCAUAAAGGAAAAACCAUCUGCUCUACUCCUAGAUUCUAUUUAAAUUUAUGUCCUUUGAGUGGUACGCUGCCUCAAGUCAACAAGAAACGUAAGAUGAUGCAGGUUUGCAUGGAUUUUCUAGGAGUUUACUGUGGUGACAUUUUUUCAGUAUGUAGUGGAAAACUAUGCACAGGCAUUAGUCUUCUGGGAACAGGGCGGGAAGCUUCCUUGGAUAGCUGUUCAGGAUUGAGCGUGUCUGCCCUUUAGAGCAAGGGUAGGCCUUAAAAGACUGCCCACCACCCACAGUGCCAAAAGCUGCUCUGGUCCUUUCCACACAAGUGCAUUGCCACUCAAAUCUCACGGUGCACGUGAAAGUGCCUGGUCUGCAGAAGGUGCUUUGGACUCCUUGGUGGUUAGGCAGUGAAGAGCUAGAGCAAGCAGUUUGUAUUACAGCCCCUGAUUUUACGAGUUCAUGCUGUAAAUGGAUGUGAUCACAAGCUGUCCUUAGGCUGUGUUUGUCUCAAAUUACUCCUUAGGGCAAAAUUGUAAUAGAACUGUACCCGAGAGUUAAAUCAUCAUUCAGAAGUAUUAGAUACUUUUUCUGGGAUAUGAAAUUAUUGUUUUUUGAUGAAUGAACAGUGAGGAGUAGGGUUCUAGAGCUCAUGAAAUGGUACCCUGUGCUGCAUCGUUUCUUGGUGGUGGACCAGAGGAGUGAGCCAGCACAGGUUUAUUCCAGCACAGAUUUUGCCUACUAGUGUCACUUUCUAGUUUUACUUUUUUUGUCAGUUUCUCAUUUCUCUCCACAAGGCAGUGUACUGUUUGUUUGUUUUCUACCAACAGUUUUUGUUUAAUAUCCCUAGCAGUUGAAAAGCUGGGGCUAAGAUUAGAGGCUUGGGCUCUGGCACUGAAACAGCUAUAGCUAAAGAUGUCAGUUUCCCAGUCUGCAGCCAAAGAAAAUGGGACAAAAAAAGUAUGAAAUUUUGUAUCCUGUCUGGGUAUGUUCUCUGCUUUCAGAAAGACCAUAGUUGAUCUCUCAGUUGGUAUUUCUCUGUCCUGGAGCAUAGAUUUAUUAGUAGUGGGAAGGAAUUUUUUAAUAAAAACCUGGAAUAUGAUAUACUAGUUCUUUACUAACAUAAACUUCUGUUAGUCAGUCAUAAUCUUGUCCACCCAUGUGAGAUACAUGAUGAGAGAAAUUGGUAGAAUUACCAAAAAAAGUGCUGAUUAUUACAGAAAAGUUUGGAAUGUAUUUGCUGAAAUCAGGGUAGCUCAAAUCAGGUUACUCUGCUGCUCUGUGCAGGUAUUGGAACGGUGACUCUGAAUCCGUACUGUGCAGCUGCCGUUUUGUGAAGCCUUUGUCAGGUUAAGAAGGUGCCUGCCCUCUUCAGUUCAGACAUCUGAGCCUCCACCUUUUGUGUCAUACUGCGUAGGUGACUUGUUCCAAAUAACUACAAGGAACUGUAGCCACAUCUCUGUAUUAAUAAUUCAUGGUAAAGGUGCUAUGCAAGAACUUUAAAAAAGCAGAUUCAAAUCUACGUUGUGCCAUGCUGCUGAGUCCUCAUUUGAAAUAUGUGCCUGACUUGAGCUCUUUAAGGUUUCAGACCCAGUACACAGGAAAAGUUGCACUGCAAGACAUGACUUUAGUAAUUUAUAGUGAAACACUUUGAAAUGCCUCUCAAGUAUAUCAUUAAUUGUCACUUAAAAGUUUCUUUCAUAAUGCAAUAAUACACUAACAUAAUAAAAGUAAGAAUGUAUACCGUGAUUUUUAUAUGGUGUAAGUUACUUAUUUGUGAAAAAUCCAGUGUCUUAAAAGAACUGGGUCACAUGAUAUUUUAUAAUAUAGAAAGUUUUAAUUUAAUGCAUGUUUUUUAUUUAUGAUCGAUUGUAUUAUAUAGAGAUUUUGAAAUUGUUGAUAGUAAUUUUUUAUUUGCAGUAAACUGUUUGUGAUAACUUUAUUUUGUCAUAUUGUUGUGAAGCACCUGAAAAUAAAGGGUGAUAAGAUACUUUUUAAAAAUUAAGUGUAACUUCUGUAUGUUGUCUCAUCUAUAGGGCAAACUGUCAAUUCCUUUUCUCUAAUGUAUGUUUUAGAAGUUAAUUUGGUUUUUUUUUUAAAAAAAGACAAACCUAAGUCACACCUUUUUCACUGACAUUGAGGGGGAAAAAACUUCACCCCUGAAGUACUGAAACAUACAUUCCCAGAAAAAAAAAAUAAUCACUGCAGUAAUGUGCAGGACAUAUUAAUGCUCAGCAUUCAGUUGUUUAUGUGUCUUAAAUUCUGAGAAGUGCUUCCAUUUUUUCUUCUUAGUAAUUUCUUUUAAAGAAUGCUGUAGCUCAGAACUUGGGAGAAAAAAGGCAGCUUUUAUCUGUGCUGGCGGAAUGACACAUAUUGUUAGCAGAACCAGGCAGAUAACAAAUAUAUUUACUUCGUUAUGGCUCCAUGAUAAACUUCCAGGUAGUUUGCCAAUCCAGGGGUCAUAAAUAAUUUAAUACAUGGUGUAACCUACAGUGUAACUACUUAAAGAAGAAAAAUUGUGUGAAUAAGUAAUGUGGCUAUUGCAAUGGCAGGUUACCAUUAUGAUUCUUGAAUAACUUUGCAAAUACUGUAACGAUAUUUUAAUGCAUCAGUGUAGUUACCUGGUAGUGAAAGUCUGGAGUAUUUCUAAAUCAUAUUCAAAUACAGAAAAUGUAUUUUAAAUCUAGAAAGAAGGUGGGGUCCUACAAAGCCUGUAGUUUUUAAAAAGAAGCAUUAGUAUGCUCUAGUUUGUAAUUUUUAUUUUAAAUUGCAGGGAUUCUAAGAAGCACAGCUCGGAUACAUACUGAUGGUAAACGGUAGUGGAGGAGGGCUGUAAUUGAAACCGUUCUAGAAGUUACCGUAUUAUUUAUAUUACUGCAGUGUUGAUGUGCUCUUCUUGUAGACCAGAGUGAGUGUGUAAACCCAGCUGAAAUGCUAAAGAGAAGGAAGUCUAGAAGUUGGAAAAUCUCGAUUUUACACUAUUUUUUUUUAUUUAAAGAAACUUCUUUACGUUUUAAAGUCUAAUGGCCAGAUCUAUUUUGUGUUGCAAAAAUUAAGCAUUUUAGUACUCACUAACAGGUUGUAGAAGAGUAGGAGGGAGAGGGAAAUGGAAGUUUUAUCCCUGACUCAGGAGUGGUGAAAGGGACAUGCAUUUGGGAGCUCCGCAUUUACUGCGGGGCAGAGCCAGAACACUAGUACUCAAGGUGCAGUUAUUCUUCACCCUUUCGCUUAUGGGCUGAUUGCUUUCAGUAAAAUAGCUGAAGGAAAUUCCAUGCGUUUCCCUUACUGUGAUCAGGUAUUGGGUCUAAACUGAGGCUGUCAUGGUUUGAAGUGUUGGUAACUUUUUUUAUGCUUUAUUUGUAGCAGUCGCAAUAGCCCUGUGUGAGAUGUGUGUAACGUGCUUUCUGUUUGCGCCUCCCUUGGAACCUGCAACGCAACAGUAGUAGAAAAGAGUGUUUUCCAAAGCCAUCUUGAAGCAGUUCUGAAAUUGUUUAAGAUUAAAGCUAACAAGCAGUUGACCAGCUUCCACCAUUGAUUUUGGUCAGUAAGUUUGCUUUAGUUACAGCUCUCAAUUUGAGAAAAUAAAAUUAGUCUAGUGUAAUCAACCUAGACUGUAGCAGUAGUAUGUGUAACUUUGCACUUGAUUUUUGUGUGUUCUAGAAACUAAGACAAAAAAAGAAGAGAAAUGGGUGUGCUUGUGGCAUACAAAGCUAACAGCUGUUUUGGCUUAUUGGCAUUGGUUUUACUUAGGCACUAAAAUGAGACACCUGCUGAUGGCCUCUGCAGCCCUUCCGCAAGGGCCAGUCCAGACCUGUUGCCUCCAAUAAAAUGCUGACAAUAUGACAAAGUCAGUAGCUUGGGGUUUGUUAUCCGCUUCAUUAAAACAUCUCACCCAAGUAAAACUGCAAAUUACAUUUCUGCAUCUUUGUCUUAAUCAAAUUUAAAAGCCCUAGGUAAAGCUGUUUGUGUACAACUCGAAGUAGCGGCGCUCGGCAGCUGUGAUCUGGAACCAGAGGGAAAUUCCCUGCCAAGCAGAACAGCGUGUGUGUAUGAAUUCGUCCUUCGGGCUUCUGCAUUACAGCUAAAGAAGGAUCGUGCUGUUUCUUUUACUGAGCCGACUGCACUGGAGUUGAAGACUUUAAGACCUGCCUGGGUAAUACAGACAAGUUCUGUCCUACCAAUAUUUAUUGUCAAUGUAAAAAUGAAAAACCUUUUUGCAGGUAGGGUGUGGGAUUGGUUUGUUUGCUUAAAUGUAUGCUAUGUAAAUGCAGCUUGUUAAAUAUAUUUUUAAUGAUGAACUAAAUUUAGACCCUGCAAUGUGAUCCAUGAAAGUAGAUGUUGAUCUUCAUUUACAAUCUGCAUAAGCUCAAUAACUCCGCUACAGUGCAUCAAAUCUGGGAUCUAAGUGCAGAAUUUUCUCUUUUUAGAAUGUGUAGGCCAUGUAAUCCAUAAUGUAGGUAAUCACUGUAAUCCUCAAUAUUCACAUGCUCGUUAUUGUCUCAGGUAUUUUGCUUUAGACCCUAAUUGUGCUGUGUAAUGGCAAGUUAAUUUUUUCCCCCAGGUUGAUCAAAAUCUCUUUAGUUUAAAAAAAAUCAGGUAUCUUAAUAUCAUAUUCUCCAUUAUGUAGUUGUUACUUUCCUUUUUAAAAAAGUAAUCUAGUCAUCUGAGUAGUAAAUCUUGGUCCUGUAGCUAGUGUAUUUGUUUUUUACACGUAGCCUGGCCCUUAGACUUGAUAGGAAAUUAGCAAGAAAAUACCAGGGCAGUAUUACAAAGCUCAUCUGAUUAUCUGGUGGAUUCAAGGCAAAAAUUUCUCUGUGACCCAGUCUGUUGUUUAUGAAUGUGCAGCUAGCCUCCAGGUGUAGCCAAUAUACCAGAUUAGAUAACGGAGUACGCUGUUCAAAUAUUAGUGCAACUCCAAAGAAAUAGAAUGCUACAUUAUUGAAACUGUAUAUAUGUAUCCUAAAACAUAGCCAGGUCAAUACCAAUAUUACCUAUAAAUAGCAGUAAGAAAAUAAUUUUCCGUAGAGAUCAAGGUCAAACUUCCAGAAAAGGUUACCCAAAUCCAGACUGUUUGCAUCAACAAAUGAUGCAGAAUCCCUGUCAAAAGAACCUUCCCAUCAUGAGGACGGCUGGGGACAUCCCGUUCUAGGGAUAUCCUUUGUAUUAGCAGAGGAAGUAGUGCUGUAGGAGAGGGGGGAAAAGAAGCCCUGAAUUAAUGAAAAUAAAGCAACGUUCUUAUCCCAUUACAAGUCUUACUAUUAAAAGCAGAGGGGAUAUAGUGUGUGACUCUACUAUGGGUUGUAUUGCUGCUUUUUCAUAGAAGGGGCAUCAAUGUCAUAAUGACAGAUAGCAAUGUGAUGUUUCAAUUAUAUCUGCAUAGUCUGUUGUGGAAAGUGAGAGGCUUUGCCACGCUUACAGCUGGCGAAAAGAUCAUUGACCUGGGUCACGCCAUGCCAUGACUGGGGUAACAUACCCCAUUCCCAAGAAAGCGUAUUAUCUUGGACUUUUGGGAAUGCUAACUUGGACAUGGUUGACCCAAAGCCUGGCAGAGUGCAUUUGCAUCAAAUUUAGAAUAAGAUGUGUGUUAAGUAACAUCUUUAGACAAACAGGAGAAAUGCUGCAUCUCUUGACCCCUGCAGUAUUCAAUAAUAAAUAAUUAUAUAGCAAAAUACCUUCCUUUUUUUGACAUUACUUUUUAAAUUAAAAUAAUGUUGCCAAAAAUUAAUACUUUUAUUUGAAGAUGUGGUUACUUAAGAAUGGACUGGAUGGAGUAUUGGUGCAUGGGCCCCAAAUGUAACCACCUUUGGAACACUCUAGAUCUGAUUUUUAGUAACUGUCCUUCCUGCAGUAGCACUGGUUAUCAUAGUUGUUUUAAUAUUUUACUGGGUCUACUGCUGUAAAAGUGGAAAAGCUGGGUAAAUUACUUCGGAUGCAGUUAAAAGGGUUUUUAUAGUCAAAAUGGAAGUAAAGCAAAAGUAGUCUGGUAUUCUGAUUAAUUUUUAACCUCUGGGUAUUUAAAUCAACAAGCUUGCCAUAUGGAAUCCUCUGCCAAAAUGCUGUCUACACAAUUUAAAACUAAAUCAAAGCAUCCUACCAGACCAUUUAGCAGUUAUUCAGCAUUUUACUGCUAAGUGCAGAACUUCACUCUAGGUUGUUGCUUCUCUUUCUCAGGGCUAACCAGGCAAGCUUUAAAGAUUGAUAAAUACAUUUACGACUUUAACUCGAGACUACCAAAUCUGUCUUGCCAGUUUAUUUGCUAUUAAGGGUUGGCUUUGUUUUCGCAAGUUGUUUGUGGUUUGUUGGGGUUUUUUUAAAAAAAAGGAGUAACGCCAAUAAACACUGACAGGAGGCUUGGUGAUUAAACAAUUCUUCCUGUUCUUUGGCCCUAGGCAUUGGCAAUUCAAGCUGCUUUUUGCUUUCAGCAUUUUAUCUUUCUUUGUUCCCCACUGAUACCUGUCCCAAGCACACAGACAAUGUGGGUUUUUUCUUCUUUCAUUGAGCCCCAUUAGUGUAUAUCACUGAUACUUGCUCUGUCAUAGACAAAUGGUAAUACACAGCUCUUGCAUAGUCAUUGCAGCAGUGCAUCUAAACCUGCGGUAUGGCUGUUGAACCAAUCUGUGGUACAAAAAGAAGCCCCAAACCACUGCUAAUGCUCGAAAUCUCAUUGUUCCCCCAUCCAGGAACCAGACGAAUCCUCCAUACUGUGCAGCACAACAUAACCCAGCACUUACUGCUGAAACGGCUGGUAACUGGGGCAGCCACUGAGGGUAACAGAUGUUGGCGUGUGGGGCAUAUCACACGUUCCUAAUCGUAGUGGAAGCCAGACCUGACUUUGUGAUCCAACCGAUCACAAUACAAAUAUACCGAUACGAAUAGCAAAAAAGGUCAUAGAGUAAUUAAAGGUAACCUGAGUUUAAAAUCUUGUUUUUAUUUGCCCAGUAUUUGAUUUCCAGGAUCAUCUGCAUGUAUGUGAGAAGGUGAAACUCUUCAUCAAAGAUGAAGUGAAUCUAGGAGAAAUCUCUGCAUAGGAGAAAACAAAGAACCAGGGACUAUUUUAAAAGGAUGCUCAAAUAAAUAUUUCAUUUUAGGCCAGUGAAAAGACCAGCAUUAAAAAGAGUGAUAAUUUGGUUACGAGCUCCAGCUGUAUGCUACAGCCGCUUCCCUUGUGUCGUCCUUGUGCUAUUCCAGCUUCUGGGUGAGCAGGGCCAGCCUGGUCAGCCCACGAACGCUGACUGCUGCUACUGGCACCAGCGCCUGUGCAAGGAGAGGGGCAGGAGUACAUAGCCAGAGGGGAAGAGAUCCGUAUGCUCUCCAGACUUCGACCCAUUUAGGCUGCUGCAGAGCCAUGCCUGCAGUUUCAUUUGUUUACUAGUUAUACUUGACCAGAGGAAGGAUUGGCCACCUGUCUUGAAGGUUUUUUUCCCUGUAAAGACAGGCAAAAGGCAGUGCUAGUAAGGUGACACAGUUUGCUGAUGAGACCACAGUACUCAGAGACGUCAAAACCAAGCCUUACUAUGAAAAAAUACAGAGGGAGCGUAUAAUAAUGAAUGACUGGACAAGAAAAUGGCAAAUUAAUUUUAUUGUUUAUAAAUGCAAGCUAAUGGGUGUAGAAAAGCAGUUUUUGCUUUGUGUGUGGAGCAGUCAUCUCUAAAUGAGAAAUUAGAACUCAGAACAGGUGUCUCGAGUAAUGUUUUCUGAGAAAGUUUGUUUUGCUACGGAUUUUAGGAAGAAACUGAAAACAAACCCAGAUACAUUGUAAUACUACUGUGUGAAUCUUACUUGUGCUUACAUUUUGACCACCAAAUGAUUUUGAGCCCCGAUCUCAGCAAGCAGCGUAGCACAUGUAGAAUUCCAGGGACAUCAGCAUGGAUUUCUGUGUGAGGAGAGGUUGUAUGAGAGAUUACUAUUCCCUGCUUUUCAUGUCAGAACUAGGCUAUGUCAAAUGAAAUCGGGCAGAAGUUUUAAACAAGCAAGCAAACAAAGUGCUUUUCUUUUUUUUGUAAAAUGCAUAAUCCAGCAGUAUGUACUCACGUUUUAAAUUACUUUUAAAAAAAAUCAGACACCUCUUCAGGGAGGCAGCGGUGUUCAGGUUGGGUGUGUGCUUUCAGGUAGGACACAUCCCGGUUGUUACGCUUGGCGUGCUGCAGUUCACGCCUCGGAGCAGCCUGGGAGUGCACAAACUGGUUCCCCUUUAGGUUAAACUAACCAGAGUGUGUGCUUCCAUCUCUGAUGAACAUUCCGUGCCUGGGCCGAAGUUUCAGACACAUUCUGAAAAGCAAACUUUUCUGAAGUGUGUGAAGCGUCGGUGUGGGGCCCCACUUGUAUUAGUCUGCUUUAUUUGGUGCUGCAAAUCCAGCCACAGACUCUGCUCCAGCUCAGUCAAUUAAUGACUUAGAUGCUGCUGGCUGGAAGUUACACUGAUGUAUCAGUAGUGCUUCAUGUAUUUCUACUGUUUGCAUACUUUAUGCUUCCAUUACUGGCUGUUCUCAGCCUGUUAGGUGCCCUGACUCGCUUGGUCUCUUCCUGUCGUCUGUUUCUGUAUGUGCAAAUUUUGCAAGUACGAGAUGUGUCAGUAUAGGUAGAGAGCCCAAGUACAGAUUUGAUCUGUCUCAUUUACUUUAGACACAAGAAAUCAGGCUUGUUUUUGUAAUGAAGAUGUAAAAGAGAAAAGAAAGAAUCCAGUCCAAUACAUUAUUUCCUGUAAAAUACAUUUGUAUAGUAUUAGUAUCUUGGAAAUUUAGUGGGGGGGGAAAUGAGGCACGAGCCUACCUUCACCGGGAGAUGGUGCUGUUUAAUUUGGAACUAAUUCUGACUGCGUGCGACUGCUGCUGGCAUUUCCAAGGUGUGAAUUAGACCAAAUCCUGCACACUCUGUUAGGGAAGAAAACCUGCUGUGAAGGAAGCGCUUUGGGCAAGGGCUGCAGGACUUGCAGCCUUCACGUGCUGCAGGCUGCUAGUUGCAGCCCGGAGGCAGCCCGUGGGACCUUUCUGCCUGCCUUGUCUCCUCGCUAGACGCGGGGGUGAUGAAAACGUGAGCUUGUGAAAAGCCCAUUGUUACUUGUCUGAGCUUUUGCUUCCAUGCUGGCAAGCGUAUUGCUCUGCAGCCUGCAGAGCCCUCACCAGAGCUGGCUGAGAGGCAAGAGAGGAAGCCAAACCUGUAUCUGAGAGCACCAGCUCCUGCAGAUCAGCUGCCCUGAAUGCUGCUUCUCCGGAAGGUAUCUAGUUUUGAUAAUUACUUCAGGUUGUUACAUUUUUAUGUGAAGGUACCUUUAGCAAAUGAACAUCACUUACUCGUUUUAUGAACAAUAUAGCAUACUUAUUUUGCUUCUUCAUGAUGUUUUCCUUCUUCUAGCAAUACGUCUGGCAAGACAGCAUCCACUCUUUUUAAACGAUAAUAUUCAGUUAUCUUAAUGUUUGAUCACUGGCCACAGAUGGGAAAGUCUGGCCUCUGCUCUUGCAGGGAAAGUGCCAGGCAGGAAUUCUCUUGCUGGCCCUCACCUUCCCUUGGCAGCCGCGGACCUGCCACAAUAGAGCUUGGGCUACCUGCUUUCUGAGCCAAGGAAACGGUCCCCGUGCUUUCUCUACUUUGCUGGAGCCCCUCAGCCGCAAAUGGAGAUGUCUGGUCUCUGUGUAAUCAGAGUCCCAUGCAUUCUCAGCCAUUAGGGGAGACCAGAGCCAGCAACAGCCUGUUUUUCUAACCAGUGACCUCAGUAUGAGACAUUUGGCCAUUCAAGCAGGAGUUCCCCUUAUGCAGGUUAGGCAGAGGGGAGACAGUAUCAGAAAUACUAAGUACCAGUGCUUCCUGUAUCUGGAAUGUCUUGGAAUGCUGUGUGAUCAGUGGACGAUCCAAAUGCUGAGAGAUCAGUAAGACCCUGUGGGCUGUGACACAGAGGAAAUAGACAUAACUAUUGGAAAGCACUAGAAGUUGUUGCAAAGAAAAGCUAUUUGUGAAUGAACUUAGCUGAAUAUGGAUCCAGGUGGUGGAAGUCUUGGAUUGCAAACACAAGAAUCCAAAAUGCCUCACACUAUGAUUAUGCAGGAUUUUGUGGCUGGAAUGGCUGGCACUGCUCAUAUUGAUGGAGACCAUAUUGUUGUAUCAGUCCCUGAAGCUGUCCUAGUUUCUGAUGUUGUUACCGAUGAUGGAAUAACUCUUGAUCAUGGCUUAGCAGCUGAAGUUGUCCAAGGACCUGACAUCAUCACUGAAACUGAUGUUGUGACAGAAGGCGUAAUUGUUCCUGAUUCUGUUUUGGAAGCCGAUGUUGCUAUUGAAGAAGCUUUAGAUACCAGUGAUCAUGUUUUGACUUCUGAUCUAAUAACAGAAACCGUUAGAGUUCCCGAUCAGGUGUUUGUGGCUGACCUUGUUACGGGUCCUGAUGGACAUUUGGAGCACGUGGUGCAAGACUCUGUAUCAGGAGCCAACUCACCUACAAUGGUUUCAGAAGAAGUUCUUGUAACGAACUCAGAUUCUGAAGCAGUCAUUCAAGCAGCUGGUACUGUUCCUGGCUCCACAGUGACUAUAAAAACAGAAGAUGAUGAUGAUGGCAAGAGUACAUCUGAAGACUACUUAAUGAUAUCUUUGGAUGAUGUUGGAGAAAAAUUGGACCAUAUAGGAAGCACUCCCUUGAAAAUCAGUACUGAGGUGACAAAUGAUGAUGUUGCUAAAGAUGAUGGUUUUGGUUCAGAAGUUAUCAAAGUGUACAUAUUUAAAGCUGAAGCUGAAGAUGAUGUUGAAAUAGGUGGGACAGAAAUUGUCACAGAGAGUGACUUUCACAACGGACAUUCUGUAGCUGGAGUAAUUGAUCAAGGAGGUGUUGGUAGAAUGCAGCGAGAAAAAAUGGUUUACAUGGCUGUUAAGGACUCUUCUCAGGAAGAUGAAGAUAUUAGCUGUGCUGAAAUAGCAGAUGAAGUUUAUAUGGAAGUUAUUGUAGGUGAAGAAGAAGCUACAUCACUACCAGACACACAGCUUGAAGACUCUGGCGUGAAUAAAACUUUUGUCCCUGUUGCUUGGGCUGCUGCUUACGGAGACGAAAGAAGGCUACCCAGAAGAUACGAAGAUGGUCAAGCGGCAGGAAAUAACUUGGAUACACGAUUAGAAAACAAAAACGGUAAUGCAACACAGUACCUGCAGAUUUGUGAUAGCAUUAGCACUAAUAGAGUGCUAAAACAAAAAACCAAGAAAAGGAGGAGAGGAGAGGCCAGGCAAUGGCAAACAGCUGUUAUAAUAGGUCCUGAUGGACAGCCCUUAACAGUUUACCCUUGUCAUAUUUGUGGGAAAAAAUUUAAAUCCAGAGGAUUCUUGAAAAGGCAUAUGAAGAAUCAUCCAGAUCAUAUGAUUAAGAAGAAAUACCAGUGUACAGACUGUGACUUUACAACUAACAAAAAAGUAAGUUUCCACAAUCAUCUGGAAAGCCAUAAACUUAUAAAUAAAGUUGAUAAAACCCAUGAGUUUACAGAAUAUACGAGAAGAUACAGAGAAGCAAGCCCGUUGAGUUCUAAUAAACUAAUACUGAGGGACAAGGAGCCUAAGCUACACAAGUGCAAAUACUGUGACUAUGAAACUGCAGAGCAGGGACUACUCAAUAGACAUCUGCUUGCAGUUCAUAGUAAGAACUUCCCUCAUGUGUGUGUGGAGUGUGGGAAAGGAUUCCGUCACCCAUCAGAGCUGAAAAAGCAUAUGAGGACCCACACUGGGGAAAAGCCAUACCAGUGUCAGCACUGUGUCUUCAGGUGUGCUGAUCAGUCCAAUCUGAAAACUCACAUCAAAACCAAACACGGGACUGAUCUGCCCUUUAAAUGUGAGCACUGUCCCCAGGCGUUUACAGAUGAGAAGGAACUGCAGCAGCACACAGAAUUGUUUCAAGGGCAUAAGACUCAUCAGUGUCCACAUUGUGACCAUAAGAGCACCAAUUCAAGUGACCUGAAGCGACACAUUAUUUCAGUGCACACAAAGGAUUUUCCCCACAAAUGCGAGGUAUGUGAAAAAGGCUUCCAUCGUCCAUCCGAGCUCAAAAAGCAUAGUGAAACCCAUAAAGGUAAAAAGAUACAUCAGUGUAGACACUGUGACUUUAAAACAUCAGAUCCUUUUGUACUUAGUGGGCAUAUCCUCUCAGUUCACACCAAGGACCUGCCUUUUAAAUGCAAAAGAUGUAAAAGAGGAUUUAGGCAGCAGAAUGAACUUAAGAAGCACAUGAAGACCCACAGUGGAAGAAAAGUUUAUCAAUGCCAGUAUUGCGAAUAUAGCACUACGGAUGCGUCAGGCUUUAAACGACAUGUAAUAUCAAUACACACAAAAGACUAUCCCCAUAGGUGUGAGUAUUGCAAAAAGGGAUUCCGUAGACCAUCUGAAAAAAAUCAGCAUAUAAUGAGGCACCACAAAGAGGCCAUAAUGUAAUAUAUGAUCUCAAGAAGGAAGCAAUUUAGAAACUGUGAUACGCUAAUUGGGGAAAAAAAAAAUAUCUCAUGAACUGUUUCUCCUGGUUUCAAAGCUUGAUAUUAAAUCAUAACUUUACAUUCUUUGUAUUAAAAGUCUUAAAAGUAUUAGGGUUGACAGGGGAUCUCAUAGCCCUAUGAUUGUUGCUUAUCAGAACCUAAAGAGCACUACAGAAUGCAGAAGGAUGGAUGAAUGUCUUAAAUUUGCAGAAAGAUGGAUGAAUGUCUUCAAAUUAGUAGUAUUACAUAUUGUUAAGUGAUAGAAGACAAAACGAAGAUGACUGUGUUACCCAUUUUGUCAGUAACAGCAUUUGUCUCCAAUAUGAAAACAGUUCCGAUACAUGGUGGGGUUAUUUACAAAUUGUUUGCAAAGGCAACCGAGUCUUAACUUCUUGUGCAGUUUUUAAAGGAGAGUAUUAGUCAGUCACUUGAUCAUAACAUUUUAAAAUCGUGCCUAGAAAUUAAAUUCCAGAACUGGUCAAAUUGGGGGAGGGGGGGAUUUUAUUUUAUUUUAUUUUAUUUCCUUUUUAAACAUUUCAUUGGGGAACUUUCUCGUUUCCUUCAUUGGUUUAGGUCCAACAAGCAAUUUUCUUUAAUGGUUUUCAAAGCUGCUAACCUAUUUUAUUGCAGGAAAUGAUGUUUAAAAUACAGCAUUAUGUUAUGGUCUCAAAGGUGGUGUUCUGGUGCUAGGGUUAAAGAUGUGUAUGUAUAUAAUUUCCCUUUUUUAUCUGAAACUGCAGUUGAAUGUUGUUCAGUAUGGCACAUAUAACAAAAUUAACUUUGAAUUUGACUUUUUUUUAAGGAUGAAAUGGAUGCAGCUCAUAGUGUUGUGACUCAACACUUGAUUUUUUUUCUCGCUACUUUAAAGUCUUCUCUAAAAAAUUAAAGUUGAAAAUGUAGGGUUUUUUAAUUAAAUUUCAAAGUACUUAGAAGUUCUUUAGGGCAGUGUUCUUAACAGGUGUGACUGUUACUGUCCUACCUGCUAAUAUGAAAUUUUCAAUAUAGACAUAAAAUUGCACCUUUUAAUCAAUUCUUUAAAAAAAUUCUAUACGAUACUAUAAACAUGCAUUUUCAAUCUGUAAGAAAGUAUAUAUGCAGUAUUUAACCAGAAAAAUACGCUGCCACUAGAGUUUGGAGGUGGAUCUUCAGUUUACAGUGUAUACAUUUAAAAUAUGCAUCCCUUUAAACAAUGCUUUGUGUUAGCAUGCUGCAAAUCAAAUGGCGCUUAAUAUAACAAGCUGGUCUAGGGCUAUUUAAUGAAAAACCUGUUCAUAAAUGUUAUGCAUAUAAUGUGUAUUUUUUACUUUUUUAGUUGCUUCAUGUUUGCACACAGCUGUUCACAUGAGAAAUUGUAACUUCAUGCUAUAUUGUGGCUUUGUGUUUCAGAUAAUGUUCAUAUUUUGUUUUUGCACCAGAUGAGAAUCAGUUCCUUGAGAAUAAAUUUUUUUUAUAUUUCUAAACUUCAGAAAGUUAAAUUUGGGAAAUCUCUUAGAAAAAUACGUGUUUUAUGUGGCUGUAAAAAAUGAUGUACACGCUGUAAAAUAAGAUUGUCACUGUUAUGUGGGAUUAUUAUUUCUAAAUGUGUUACUCAUCGUAACGGGCAUACAAUAAAACGCAUCUCUUGCACUCCAAUUUUUUUGGAGUUUGCUUUUCAUUUAUGGUGUUUAGGAAUGUCUCAUUCUGUGUAAAUUUGCCUGGUAUUUUUAAUUAUGUUAUUCAGUAAUUAAUGUGUAGUAACACUUCCAGUAAGCAGGUUACCUGAGGUAUGUUUAUCAGACUACUGAGGGGAAGGUACUGCUGUUUUACUUGACUAACCCUUUAAAGUUACAGGUAAUGGAUUUGUGCUUGUUUCUGAAACAGUUACCAAAUGUGACACUGACAUUCCUUUGAAAUUCUUUCCCUUAAGUAAAGGUAGAGCAUAAAACUUCUCACAUAUUUUGGGAAAAGCCAGGUAGGUUUUGUCUUUCUAUCUGUGUAAUAAGAGCAGCUUGCAAAAUGAAAUGCUAAAAAUACUGCUGUCUUUAAUUUCCCUUUCUUUUUAGAAUACUUGAAUUAUGACAACAGUAAUAGAUUAAAAACUUUUAAGAAGAGAGUGUGAUACUAAAUCCAUCGAGGAUUUCCACGGGCUUUUAUUUAGCCAGUGAACUCAUCGGUGGUGUAUUAAACCCCAGAAAUGAUGCAGACGUGAAUGUAUUCAUCUGGUUUUUGUUUACGCUACUUCUUUUUGUAUGUCCAGCAAUCAAAGGAGGAGGCCGUAGGAUUCCAAGAAAAUCUUGAGAUCAAAGUUGUGGCUUUUUGACAAUUUUAAUGCUUUAUUCCUGGACGUUAUGUUGAAUACACAGACUGAAGGAGUUUCUUCAUAGCAGACUGGAGAUGAUGAUUCUGACUCUGUGACAAAGCACAUGUCCAUGCUGGCUCAUUUUUCCACCUUAUGGAUGGAUGGAAUAAUCAGGUACUUGAGUAUUUUAAUCAUUUUCUGUAGCCAACUUUGUAGAAGGACUUAGUCCCACGUUGCCUAAGGGUCCGUCACAGUUCAUGGGACAGAACAGCACGCGGGGGCUGGAAAUGACAGGAAUGACACUUGUGAAGAGCAGCGUUGCGGUCAGCUGUGUGAAACCGCGCCACAGUGCGUUGGCCAUGGCAUUUGGGUCAUGUUUUGGUAUCUGUUAGUGCUCAUACUCGGUAUUCACUGGUGGCCUGUAUUAAUGUUUGCACUUCACAGUGUAUGUUUGAGGAAAACGGUGUUUCUUCCAAGGAGUGCAGUGAAAGCCUUUGAGCUUUACACGUCCGAUAGUUUAAAAUGAGCGAUGUGGGUUAUUUGGUUGUGGCGGGCAGUUCAGUGUAAGAUUGUGUUUUGUUCGGAGUCGGUGAGCGGUAUCUGCUGCUCUUCGGAGCGUGGGGCGGCAGGGUUUGGCACCUGGGGUUUCUGCUGCGUCUGGUUUUUUAUUGUCCUAAAGCUACAUACGGUAAAGGGUGCAAAAAAAAUUUUAACUUAUUCAAUGAUAGUAUGUAGUGAAUGCUGGAUAAAAGUUUAAUUAAUUUACGGUUUCAUCGUUAUAUUGUAGAAUGAUUAACUUCUGCAACUUUGUAUUACAGAAAUUGAAAUUGGGAUUGAGGUUUUAACGGUCUGUAAGUCCACCUCAUGCUCUUUUCUUUUUAAUUAAGGAAAAAAAUACCAUACCUGUUGGAACAUGAAAAACGUUCCUCACAGAUUGUAAAGAUGUAAGGGAGGGGACAGUGGUUGGAAGCCCAUGUCUGUGGUAGGUUGUUACCCACUAAGGUACAGAUACGGGAAGGCGUGUGGGACGUGGAGCGGCGCAGCCCGGUGCGAUGCUGUGUGUGAGCCCUGCUCUCGGCGGUGGCUGCAGAAGCGUGUGGUCACAGCCAGCCCUGCCCAAUGUGAAGUCUGGAGUGACCGGCUUUCUGUGGCUGGCUAAUUGCAUUAGCAUUUUGAACGUCUCUUUCUUGAUAUUAAUUGUCUCUUCCUCUCUCAGCAGCAAUGGACAAUGAAACCUAGCUGAGAAGAAAAACUGUGGAAACAAGGUCUGGCUAAGAGAGGAAGAGCCUUGGGACUGAACCCGCACAGUGUUAAGGGUUUCAGAUGCCCACAAUUAAAGGUAAUGAAAUUGCGAAAGAAACUACGGAGGAAGGCCGGCAGAGCGCUCUCAGGGUCGAGAUGACGCCAGCUGUAUGUGCGCUGUGACACUGCACCCCAGGCCCCGGGGCUCUGCUCAGAGCCGCACGGCACGCUCCGGCCGGCAGCGCCACGUCAGCUUCAGCCACAGAGCGUUAAGGAAGCCCUGGCUGGUGAAUGCGCUAUCCAGGAGUGCCCAGCGCGCCCAUUAAUAACUCGUGUUUCUGCUGCUCGUAGCUUCUCCUGAGCCAUUGGAGUAACGCGCCCAGCUGAGAUCACGGCAAAGACCACAAUCGCUCCAGGGCUGGCUGAAGAACAGAAGUUAGUCAUGCUGAGAAAAACUGAAGUCCACGACAGCGGGGCACACCACUCCUCUGAGAGAAAGUGAGUGCGCGGAGAAGUACACAGAUGGUAGUGGCCGAGGAUGGACGUGAGUAACAGAGUCCUUUAUGAUGGGGAUGUGACUCUUUUCCAUCAUCUUUGUGCUUCCGUGUCUGUAGGAUGUUCCCCAGCCUUUCUCACUGUCAGACUGAACCUUUUUUGGAUGCAAAAUAGCAGAAAGUAAAGCAAUUUUACUGUUGUGAAUCCUUUGGGCAGCUCCGAUGGCUCUGAGACUUCUUUCAUUCCUGAAAGAAAGCAGCAGCUCGUUAGCUACAGAAGCUGGUGUGGUUUCUUCUAAAACAAAACUACCUGGUAUAUAAAACGUCUCUAGCCGAGCUACAUACUUAGGUUCUCUAACCAGCUAGCUUUUCAAGUGUCUUCAGUGGCCAGGGAGCAUUUCCUCCUUAACAAACGCUCAGUGUGUCGGCGCUGCCAGCAGCUGGUACUGGCAAGGCCAAAGCUGGGUCGUUCAGCCCUAAGGGGUUUGGUGUCAGAGAUUCGGUCUCUCCAGCAAACGCCCCCAAGGACAAUAGCUUUUUCUGUACCUGGGAAGUUACCAGAUACCUAAAUAAUACAAGUUUUUGUUAAAAGGAACAUUCAAGUACUUCCAUCUAGUUGCUGUGCUCAGCCCUUUACCACGCUCUUCAGCGAUGACUGCAGGCGGAAGGAGCUGGCUGACAGUCCAGAAACACAGAAAAAGUACUUGUGAGCCUUGGAGUAAAGGUGAAAUUGGCACUUCUCGAGUUUGUCUGACAGCAAAGUAAUUUUGUUUCAGCUGAGACUUGCACUAGUGAUUGACAGAGACCUUGGGAAACAGAGAUCACACACUUUCAUUCAUUUAAUAAUACUGAUCUCUUCAAAUGCAGCGUACGCUCAUCUUUGCCAUUUUUUUAUAAUGCAAAGUAUGACUGACUUCUCAAGUAAGCUAGGAGGGAGGGGGCCUGACCUUUUUUUUUUGUGAUUUCUUUAUUAAUGUUUAAUUCCUUGACGUUUUGCUGGGUUGCAAUAUAACCGGAUGAGUAUUUUAGAGAUCAGUCACAAAAAACCUCCAGUUUGGCAGUGACCUCUCUGCCUUUUCUUUUCUUACUCCUGCUCUAGGUAACAUUCCUUUGUAGAACGUGCCAGGGGUUUCACCUUCCAUUACCUCGUGCCCUGUAACAUAAAUACCUUCUGCAGGCCCGUUUCCUAUUUUUAUUUUGACUCGCUCUUUAAAGUCACCACUCCUCUGCCUUCCCUGGGUCACUCUGCCCUGUCUGAGCGCAGGUUUCGGGGAUGUGGUGCUUAACCUGUUCCAGCACUAGGCCGGAGUCCCUGCUGCUCGUGACUCAGAGCAGGAAUACUGCCCUCCCUCAGCCGGGAGCACUACACGGAAGAAGUUCCUACACACCUAGGCAGGUCCCCAGGCCUGGGACGCCCAAAGAGGCCCCGUGCGAGGGCGGAGCCUGCCGCUAGAGCCACGCCACUUCUUUUGUUAAGGUCGUCAUGUGUCAGAGAAAACCAGGAAAGGGUAUUUUAUUUACACUCCACCCACCAAUUACUGCCGCCUGGCAGUACAGUUCCUUGGCUAUGAUCAGUCACUUUGCUUUCUGCAACCAGGUUAAAUUAACCCUGUGGCUUUCUCUUAAUGAAAAUUUUGGCUAAUACUUUCUUUGAAGUUAAAUCAAAUACUCUGGAGUUUCAGAGACUGAACAGUCUCUAAGGUAAACUUACGUGUUUCCAUAUCUCUCCAGUCCUCUCGAUCACAACAGUUUGUGAUUUAUUGACAGGCGAUGUAACCUUGUAGUCAUCAGACAGGAGACCCAGGAUAGGAUACUGAUUCCUGUACCUGUAUUAAAGAUAUUGAAGAGAGUUGCAAACGUGUAGCCAAAUCGUGAACUCGCAGUCAUUAAUCCCCCCAGACUUCCACUAGUAACUGAGCAGGUAACACAGCCACGGAAACGGCCACCUUAGGUUUUCCUGUCCCGGGAGGAUCCAAUACUACCGCGACUGUUCCCCUUCAAGUUGAAGAGGCAGCAUUAAGAUACCUGCAGGAAUAACUUGCCUCAUAGAGGAUACGCGAUAGAAAAACAAAAGGAUGUAUUUUUAAGAAAGGCGAAUAACUACAUUACUUCUUAGUGAUGAUGGUUGUUACACCGGGGGACUGACUGCCGGAUAAUUUCUCAUGCUUCAAUCUGAAGAGGUCCUGAGAAAACCAAAAGUAAACAUUCAAAUGAAAUAAUGUUUUCUGAAGGAUUAGUUCACUAAGGUCACAACAAUGUAUUUGCAGAAAUUCUUCUCAAAAAGAAGUCUGUCCUUCCAAAAGGCUGGCCGAGGAACAGCGUUCAGUUACAGAAAAUCCUAACCCCGAUUCCUGAGCCGGGAGCGUACAAACGAAUUCCCAGGAAGCGCCCACCUACAGCCUAACUGGAAGCUUAAGUAGAAUACACUAUACAGAAAUUACUUCUUUUACAACAACAAGAAAUAUGCAAAGUAGUAUCUCCUGCAGCAUCUUCACCAUUAUGCUAACGUGGAAACCGUUGGGAAUUGGGUAUCUCAUUAACAGACGUGCUUCCAUAGCUGUGGUGGAUAAAACGCCUGUGGGCAGCACCCAGAUAAAACCAGCUGGGUUCAAGAUUCCCCACUGCAAAGAUGGUAUUUGUAUUGCCCCAGUUCAAACGUUUACGUUUGUGAAUAGAAGAAUUUCAGCCACGACCCAAACAGAGCGUACCCGAGUUGCUUUACGGGAGCAUCUGGCUCGGGAAGAUUCCGCAGAGGUCUAACGCUGCUGUCACCAAGUGUCUUUGCCCUGCUCCCUGCGCACUGUGUGGAUGCCCAGGAAGGCCGGCUACGCUGCCAGCUGCACCGACAGCACGCACGGACAGCACGCUGCCUGCACCCCUCAGAAACUCCCGAACUUGCAAGCUGCUGGAAAAUGAAGGGCAAAGGAAGCCAGUUUUGUGCUUCCAGUGAAUCUGUGUCAAACACUUCUACACCAAACUGAAAUACAUUUGAAGUCCUUACUGAAGGGUUUAGGUAGGAAGCGAUCCUGAAGUGAUGUAUGCAGAGUUUAUAAAGUUACAUAUCGUCUCUCCAGAGCUACAGGCACAGGCCUUGCGUUACUGAUCUUUGUUGUGUGACAACUGACAUGAAAGCUGACUCGGUCAAGGGGUAACACUCCCAGACAAGGAAAACAAACAAACCAGCAUGGCUUAACACAUUUAGAAGCAUGUGACAAAGUCUUGGACAGUCCUAGACAACAUCUGCAGUCACAGUAUACCAAGAAGUUGCCUGCAACAGACAAACUCUACUGUUUACUUUACAAUGGUGCUUAAUUACUAUGAGUUUAAACAAAAACUUUUGAGAUUGGAGAUAGCAAAUUUAUGUGCCUGUGUAUUAUUCAUACUCUGAACAGUAAAGCAUUCAGAAAAUCAUUCUUACCGGUUCACAGGUUUGAACUGUUACCCUCCUCACUGUGUUUCCUCUGCAGUCAUCACUCACAGAGACUGGAAUUAUUUCACAAGGGCUGCUGGUCUGUGUCUGUUGGCACUGGUGAGUGACCUGGGACUGCUCGGAGUGCUGGGCCACAUGGCACUGAUCGGCUGCCUGGGGAAUCUGACACUGGUGGGAAAACUGAUACUGCUUCUCCUAGAAACAAGAAUGGAUUUUUUCAAGCUGCUAGACACAUCUUGAUGAGAUAGAAGCUUAAUAUGAAUAUAUAAAUGAAUGAAAUGUGGUUUUACUUGGAAAGACUGGUGACAGUUUCAGAUAUUUUAAUAAUCCUAAUAAAGUUGCUUUUUUUCCUAA